AUGCCGAGCAUUCGCGAUAAUGAUCUCCGAAAGUCCCCAGAGUACUGUCACUAUCUCGAGGCAGUUAAGGACAGGGAGCUUACACUGCCAGAUUUCAAGAUAGACGACAAUGGCAUGCCUGAUAUCCAUCCAUAUAAAGUCUACUGCCAAGUAAAGGGAUGCCUUAAGCAUACAGUUCCCUCUGCCAACAGAAACAUAUUGGUCAAGUACUUGAAGGACAAGAACUCCCACGGCAUGGAGUUUACAUUGCACAAUAGACCUCCUACUAUGAAGGAACUGAUGGAGGCCAAAGGCAAAAGCACAAGCAAGCUGCAUAAGUUUCUCAAUGAGGGUGAAGCUGGAAAUGAUCAGGACAAUGGCAAGGGCCUGUAA